AUGUUCAAUCAGACAGGAAAUAGUUCUGCUGCAGUUGUCUUCUCGACUCAGGCUGGUCAAUAUUACUUGAUCAAAAGUCAGCUGAAUGGGCAAUGCUUGGAUGUUUCUAAGGCAGGGGGUGAUGGGAGCAAGGUUAUUGUGUUCAAGAAGCAUGGCAAACCCAAUCAACUCUGGUAUGACCACGAUGCCACUGGAACCAUCAGGUCAAAGUGCAAUGACCUCUGCUUGGAAAUUAAAGGUCACCUGCUUCUGGUGAAAGCUUUUGAAAGUGGCAAUCCGAAUCAACAAUGGCAGAGGCACGAUAAGCUGAUCAGGAACAGACUCAAUCAUAAUCAAGUCAUUGAGAUCUUAAAUAGUACAACUGGAGAUGUCGGGGAAAACAACUUGAAUAAUGAAAAGAACCAACUGUGGGACUUUGAGUACGUUCCAUCUGCUGGUCCUGCUCCUCAAACUGUUUUUAAGAGAUCUGAUGAAUAUUACAUUGUGAGUGAGAAGAAUGGAAAGGUGCUUGACAUAAUUGAUGCCCCAAAGAAAGACAAGAAAAGUGUUAUUCCCACGUUGGUGGUGCAUAACAAGCAGUACCCACCACCGAAAAGCCAGUUGUGGUACACUGAUGAACUCUCUGGAUUCAUCCACUCUGCUCUUAAUGAUGCUGUUUUUGUUGAUUUAGGUGCUGUGAAUUUGGUGAUGGCCACUUACAAGGUGCACAAGGAUUACCAAUGGAAACUGGAUGGCAAGAAGAUUGUAAACGGUGCAGGCUUGGUGCUGGAUAUCAGGGGAGACACUGACAAAGACGGAGCGAAUCUCUGCGCUUACAAGUACAACGGACAGCCUAAUCAGCAUUGGCUCAUCAUCAGAGUUUAA